UAGAUAUUCCGCUAGUCUAAUCAGAAUUCCGAGGCGUUAUGCAACGUCAUCGCGCAUUGCAGGGCUCCAGAAUUUAACUCCAACGAUUGCAUUUAACCAGUGAUAUUUCCUUAUUGUUACAUUUAAGAUCAGACAUAAAACACACAGACAGGCAAAAUGCUACGCAGCUGCCGAAUAACCCUCUCGGCCGCCAAGAGAAGUAUCCGGGAUCAGUUCCAGUUGCAAGUCAUUCGCCACCAACAAACCGCCAGCAGCAUGGACAAAUUCGAUCUGCCCAAAAGAUUGCAGGGCAGCACGCCCAGCGUCUGGAACGAGUACAUUGCCCUGGCCAUGCAGUACAAGCCAUUGAACCUGGGCCAGGGAUUUCCUGAUGAUGCCGCUCCGGAAUACGUCACCCAUUCAUUGGCGGAUAUUUCCAAGGACGAGAAUCCGCUCCUGCAUCAGUACACCCGAGGCUACGGCCACGUCCGCCUGGUCAAUGCCCUUUCAAAGCUGUACAGCGGUUUGGUCGGCAAGGAGCUAAAUCCCCUCACCGAUAUUCUGAUUACUUCCGGUGCGUACGAGGCUCUCUACUCCACCAUAAUGGGACAUGUGGACGUGGGCGAUGAGGUGAUCAUCAUAGAACCCUUUUUCGAUUGUUACGAGCCAAUGGUUAAGAUGGCUGGUGGAGUGGCCCGCUUUGUGCCCCUGAAGCCGCGCAAGACAGAGGGUACAAUCAGCUCUGCUGACUGGGUUCUUGACGACGCCGAAUUCGAGAGUCUUUUCAACUCGAAAACCAAAAUGAUCAUCCUGAACACACCCCACAAUCCCAUCGGAAAGGUCUUCAACCGCCAGGAGCUGGAGAGGAUAGCUGAGCUGUGCUGCAAGUGGAACGUGCUGUGUGUCUCGGACGAGGUUUAUGAGUGGCUGGUUUUCGACGGAGCGGAGCACAUCCGCAUAUGCACGCUUCCGGGCAUGUGGGACCGCACCAUUACUUUGGGUUCGGCAGGGAAGACCUUCUCUGUGACUGGCUGGAAAAUCGGAUGGGCCUACGGACCCGCUCAGUUGAUCCGCAACCUGCAGAUGGUGCACCAGAACUCGGUCUACACCUGUCCGACGCCCCUGCAGGAGGGAGUGGCGCGUAGUUUCGAAGUGGAACUGGCUCGUCUGGGUCAACCGGAAAGCUACUUCCUUAGCCUGCCGCGGGAGCUGAAGGAGAAGCGGGACUAUAUGGCCAAGUUCCUUUCCGAAGCCGGCAUGCGUCCCACCAUUCCAGAGGGCGGCUACUUUAUGCUGGCAGACUGGACCCCUCUUUCGAGCAAAGUAGAUUUGAGUUCAGAGCCGGACAAGCACAGGGACUACAAAUUUACCAAGUGGAUGACGAAGAACAUGGGCCUGCAGGGCAUUCCGCCCAGCGCCUUUUACAGCGAACCCAAUAAGCAUUUUGGCGAAGACUUUGUGCGCUACUGCUUCAUCAAGAAGCAGGAGAACCUGGACAAGGCGGCCGAACUGCUCGCCAAGUGGAAAUAGUCGCCGGACAAUAAACGAAUUUGAUUUAAA